CGUUCACGAUCGGGAGGAUGAGUAAUCCACGUGCUCGAGCGCGCGCGCUGCAGCAUCAGCACCAUCCAUCGACUGGAAACGUGCAGAAAGAAAAUAUGAAGAGGAUCCAGAGUGAUGCAUCCAUCAGCCUGCAGAAUCUGUGGAUGAAAUGAGACAAAAGGGAAGAUGAUUAUCAAAAUAUUCCAGGACACGUUGACAUCGAGUUUCCACGUUGACUCAGGCUAAAUGCUGGAGUCUAAACUAGGCUUGCAACGGAACGACGACAAAUGUGCUUUUCUUUCUGCUUGGUUCUGGAGUGAAACUGGUUAAUCUCUGACUGAUUGAGGGACAUCGUCAUUGCUUCAUUGCAGUGGACUAAUAUCUGGAUGGGCUCUGACUGAAGCCAUCGGAUUUAAUUUGGAUUAUGAUGAAACUGAGUCCAGACUAGUUUCUGAAGAACUUCUGCUAAAAAUCUUAUCUCAUUGAAAAUGUUACCACGGUUACACAUGCUGCAUUCCAGAGGCUGGAACCAGACUAAUAUCAGGAAUCCCUUUGCCUCAGUGCAAAAAUGCGCCCCCUGCAGUCUGAGUAACUGCUGGGUUGUUUCUGUAUGAAGUUUACCCCCCACCCCUCCUGGGAGCUGGUUAAUCUCUGGAUUACUGUGUGGCAUGUUCUGUUUCUGCCUGCAGAGGUCCCUGAUCAAGCUCCGAUCAUUUGAGGUGGAUGGGUGCCGAUCGUUGAGGACAUCCCCAGAGGACAGCCCCCAAACCCUUGACAGCAAGGAGCCAAAGGGCCCUGAUGAGGAGAAGGAGACUUUGGCUCUGUGCCACACUGCCCCUACUGAGGAAAACGGUGCCUCAGAGUUACUGGCCCUGAACACAUCACCUCAGUCCUCCUGGAACCCGUCCUUAACCACCACCCAUACCCAAACUACAAGCGGGGUACUGAUCUCCAACCCUCAAAACCCUGUCCAUUCCCCACAGAGGACCAGUUCAGGAGUCACCUGCGAAGGGGGUCAAGAUGACAGAGGAGGCGGGGCUCUCCUGCAGCUACUGACAGGUGGUGGCAGCCCCUUGCCUUCCCCCAGAUGCUGCAGUCACAGCCAGAGGUUCAACUCUGAUCCUGACAUCGCACCAUCGCCACCCUGCAGCCAGCCGUUCAUUUUGUCUCGGACUCUCUCCGAGGGCACAGACGAUGCACGUCCUCUCUCUGUGUCCUUCCUGUCCCGUCACAUUCAGACUCUGAAGAGAAGAGUCAGGAGGUUUGAGGAUCAUUUUGAGCAGGAGAUGAACUAUAAGCCGUCUCACAAUGACAAAUACUCCAACCCGGAGAUGGUCACAGUGAUGAACGAACUGGCGAAGGCUCGCAAACAGCUCAAAGAGCUCAGGCUCAGACAGUCUGUGUUUGAGUCAAAGGAGCAGGAUGGACUGGACAACAGUGACACCUGCAGGUACAGUGGCAGCCAGCAGGGGGCAGCAGAGCACAAACCCAGCCUGGAGGAAACGGUGGAGUGUUUGUUCAGGCGAGUGAGAGAAAAGAGACGAGAACUGGGCCUGCCGGACAACAUGAAGGAGAUGACCCAGGCUCAGAUGGUGCUGGAAAAAAUCACUCUACAGAAAUGUCUGCUUUACUUUGAAAGUCUGCACGGCCGCCCGGGAACCAAACAGGAGCGGAUCCUGGUGAAGCCUUUGUAUGAUCGAUACCACAUGAUCAAACGCUUGCUGUGUGCCAGUCCAACAAUCACCACCAUAGAGGAAGAGGACGAUUCCGAUGAAGACUCAGCGGUGGAUGAACGACCCGCAGCGCCCCCUAGCACAGCGACCUGGCCGUUAGCCACUGAGGAGGACAGUGACAGGGACAGUGACCACGCCUUCAUCUCCCCGUUGGACGAGGUAAAGGCUGUCCGUCAGCGUCCUGCUCUCACCACGGCAAACCUGCACGAAGCCUCCAGGUCUCAGCUCUUGGAAUGCCUGCGGGAGACGCGGGCAGAGAAGAAGACGAGACGCAAAGUUCUGAGGGAGUUUGAGGACGAGUUUUACCGUCAGACUGGAAGAACCUGCCAAAAAGAGGACCGGGCUCCCAUGAAGGACGAGUACCACGACUAUAAACAAGUCAAGGCAAAACUGCGGCUGCUGGAAGUCCUCCUCAGCAAACAGGAAGACACCAAAAACAUUUGACACCAAGUAAGAGCUGCAAGAAAUCCACCUUCACCUCCACCUCCUCCGUUGUGCACGGAUCAACAAGUAAAGGACCAAACUCUGUGAACGUGUCGAGCAGGUUCUGUUGACCAUGAGGUUGAUGUGUAGACACUUAGCCAAAAGCUGGUUUGCGGUUCCUCAGUGUGAGCGUUUCUGUUGGUAACCAAACAUGGAUGAUGUCAUCAUUGGCUCAUGGGCUGUGAUUCCUGAGGUAGUCAUGUGACUAAUCAUCCCUGAUUGCUUGCAGAUCCUCGUCGUUUGGUUACCAGUAGAUGCUCACCGUCUGCAGCAUUAUGAGGUCAUAAGAUCGGCUGUGUUCACCACGUGGUGAACGCAUCCGAUUGUCUGAAUCAACCAAUUGCUUUAAAGACAACAUGAUCGUGAACGUUGUUGGGGAUUAGAACGUGGACAAGAUCAGAAAGAAUUGAUUGAUUUGGCAUGUUUUAAAAGCUUUCAUGACCUGUACUGUGACUGCCCACUAGGGGGCAAUAGAUGUGUUUUGGCUCAAUUUUGCAGGAUGCGCCCACUUUCUGACAUCAAAUGCCAUCACUGUAAAGGUUUUAUCAUGUGCAGGUGUUGACAGAAAAAGCCACAAAACUAAAGUAAAGUUGGCGGGAUGCGCUAAAUUAAACGGAUGUGGACGGAGCAGGCAGACAUGGAGGCAACUAUAAAACCUUUUCUUUGACUUGAUAAUGUUGCACAUUGAAAACGCACUUUAAUGUCAUGUGGACGAAGAUCUUCAUCGCCAUCGCUUUGGACCGUGACGGCAGUCUGAUCAGAACUGGAUCCUGGACUACACAGUGUCACUGAGUUAUCUCAAUUAAAGUGUGAAACUUUGAAAU